AUGAUUACCCUGCUUUUCCUGAUGCAAGAUGCGCUGCUGACGCGAGAUGCUGCUGUCAUUCUUUCUGGCAUCCAAGAGAUGCGGAUGAAAUCAAUAGCAGCGACGAAGCCAGUCCCAGUUGCGUAUAGUAUAGUAAGCUUGGUCGGCAAGCCUGUGAGCGAUCCAGGAAAGCCUGGCUCCAUCAAGACUUCUCCUCUUAGGCAAUCAAGAGCUAGGUCAAGCGCAUCUAGUUCUAUUCGUUCUCCCGCUUAUGUAUUCUCCCUUGUAGCUGCCAAGAAGCAGGAAUCCUUAGGGAAAUCUCGACCUUUUCGGGCGGGGGUCCAUUGUAUUGUAGAAAUUGAUUCAGAUUUAGACUUUCGUCAGAACAGAAGCGGUAGUGGACUGUUGCCAUCGAAAGACGAGUGGGGUAAGGAAGAGCGGGUCGGAAGUACAAAGUCCGUGGACAGAUCGGAAGUUGAGGCCUCGUACCUCGGGCAUCGGUUUAUCCAUCCUUCUUCUGAUCCAGGGGCGUAA